AAGGCAUCACGAGCCCCCCUUGAAUUCAAUUUUAUUUACCCCUCACUCUCUCUAUGAUUCGUACCUCUAUUUUUCAAGUCCCCAAUACUGAUUCAAUUCACACAGUUUCUCUUUUCUCUCUCCAAAUAGAACACACACACACACUACACUACAGACAGUACUGUCAUCUCUCUGGGCCACCGAGCAAAAACUCAGAAACAGAGGACAUAUGAGAAAAACCAAGCAACCCUAGGCCAAUCCCCAAUGUCCUGAUUCUUCCCUUCUUCUUCACCAAUUCAACACCCCAACCGAGCCAAUCUGAGUUCUAGAUGAAGCCAGACCACUUCAAUCGAGAGAAUUUCUCCUCCUCCCCCAACCCCAAGAUGUGGCCCUGCCAGCCCGACGAUGCCGGCGUCGACGAGCUCUUCGCCGUCCUCGGCUACAACGUCAAGUCCUCUGACAUGGCCGGCGUAGCUCAGAAGCUUGAGCAGCUCGAGGAAGCCAUGGGCACUUUCCACCAGGAAGGCCUCUCCCAGCUCGCCGAUGAAACCGUCCAUUACAACCCCUCCGAUAUCGCCUCCUGGCUCGAAUCCAUGAUCUCCGGCUUCAAUCCAAUCCCCGAAUUCGAUUCCUCCUCGGAUCCCUUUCUAGAAUCUUCCGCUUCUGUCAACACCCAGAUGCCGAUUCACCUCGAUUUCGGCUCCGAUCUAGUCGCCAUCCCCGGUAAAGCCGUCUACCCUAGACCCCACCCGCCGCCGCCGGAACAGCACCAGCCGCAGCCGAAGAAACUCAAAACUUCAAUCGCCGCAGUGGCGCCUCCGCCUCCGCCUCCUGCGACGCCGCUCCUGGUUGACUCGCAGGAAAACGGCAUCCGGCUCGUCCACACGCUGAUGGCGUGCGCCGAAGCCGUACAGCAGGAGAACUUCAAAUUGGCGGAAGCUCUAGUGAAGAACAUCGGAUUUCUGGCGGUUUCGCAGGCCGGAGCGAUGAGGAAAGUCGCCACCUACUUCGCCGAAGCCCUAGCGCGGCGAAUCUACAAAUUAUACCCAGCCAAUCAGCAGGAUUCGGCGUUCAACGAUAUGCUGCAAAUGCACUUCUACGAGACCUGCCCUUACCUCAAAUUCGCCCACUUCACCGCCAAUCAAGCGAUUCUCGAGGCCUUCGCGGGGAAAUCCCGAGUCCACGUCAUCGAUUUCAGUAUGAAACAGGGGAUGCAAUGGCCCGCGCUGCUACAAGCGCUGGCACUCCGGCCCGGCGGCCCGCCUAGCUUCCGAUUAACCGGCGUCGGCCCGCCCUCACACGACGAAACCGAUCACUUACAGGAAGUCGGGUGGAGAUUAGCUCAAUUGGCGGAAUCGAUCAAUGUGGAGUUCGAAUACAGAGGGUUCGUCGCGAGCUCCUUAGCCGACCUCGACGCCGCAAUGUUUGAAAUCCGCGAGGGAGAAACAGUCGCCGUGAAUUCAAUGUUCGAGCUCCACCAGCUCCUCGCCCGGCCCGGGGCAAUCGAGAAGGUGCUUCAAGUGGUCAGCGAGUUGAAACCGGAGAUCUUAACUGUUGUCGAGCAGGAGGCCAAUCACAACGGGAGUGCCUUCCUGGACCGAUUCACCGAGUCUCUCCACUACUACUCCACCUUAUUCGACUCACUGGAGAGUUGCGGCGGCGGCGAAGAGGCGGUUAGCGUCCAGGACAAGGUGAUGAGCGAGGUUUACCUAGGGCGGCAGAUAUGCAAUGUGGUGGCGUGCGAAGGGGUGGACCGGGUGGAGCGGCACGAGACGCUGGAGCAGUGGAAAACCCGGUUCGGGUCGGCCGGGUUCGAAGCGGUUCACUUGGGGUCUAAUGCGUACAAGCAGGCUAGCAUGCUGCUGGCGCUGUUUGCAGGUGGGGAUGGUUACAGAGUGGAUGAGAAUAAUGGAUGUUUGAUGCUGGGAUGGCACACAAGGCCAUUGAUUGCCACCUCCGCUUGGAAACUCAACUCACUGGGUUGACUCAGUUAGUGAGGUGUGUGUGUGUGGCCCUGGCCCUGGCCCCGGCCCCGGCCCCGGCCCCACCACUUCGCUAGUGAGGCUGUGUCUCUUUCAUUUUCAUGACCUAGUUGAAAAUGAUCUCAAUCUCAAUUCCUUUUUUUUUUUUUCUUUUUUUUCUUUUUUUUUUAAUUAUUAUGUUUAGGUAUUUGUUAAAAGUGAAUUUUGGUGUUUGGUGGAAUCCUGUAAUUGUGAGGGGAGGGGUGAAUCUGGAAUAGCACAAUGUGUAUUUGGAUAUAUAGGUUUUAUGCAUAAUAAUAAAGGAAAAGCAGUGUUUUGGGAGGGUCAAAUAGGGAAGUGGCACGGCAUGCCAUGUGUUGCUGCUGUACUCAAUCUAAAUCAUUUUGAUGAAAGUUUGUUAUAUUUUGGUAUAA